AUGACUAAAGAAAAAAAAUGGGAAAAAGUUAUUGAAUAUUCUGAUAAGGUAAUAAUUAUUUCCAACUCUUAACAAGUAUGUAUUUCUUGAUGUUUGCCUUACUUAAGCUGUAACUGCUAGUUUCCGCAGCUUCAAGUACGUUUAGUUUUUUAUUCUCCUAGGCUUUGGAAGUACAUCCGGAGAAUGUUAAGGCAUUGUUUCGAAAGGGACAAGCAUAUUAUCAUGUGAAGAAUUGGGACAAAGCAUUUGAGGCCAUACAGCAGGCCAGAAAGAUAGAACCAGAUGGUUAGUUUGUGUGAUGUUUUUGUUCAGGUUAAGCCUUUAAGUGGCAAUGCAGGCCUGAUGUGCGAGCUGCUUUAUUAUUUUACUCUGUCUAAUAUGCCAGACAAUUUUACUCAUGAAGGGAAGAGUGGUGCCACUCAAUGGUUUACUGUAUUAAAGGCCCAUUUCCACUCAGGAAAAUUUUCCGCUGAAAGAAAAUUUUGUAAAAUGUGAUUGGCCGACACAAAUUUUCCGUCAGAAAAAAAAUUUCAAAAAAUUUUCUGUUCAUGGAAAUUUUUCUUGAGUGGAAAUGGGUAAUUCCAGAAAACAUCCAUACCACUCCCAUGGAGGAAAUUGGAAGUUAACCCCCCUACCCCCUUCGGAUGUCCUAAUACAUUUACUAUUAUCAGAAACAAUUUUGUCUCCCCUCCCCCUCCAGUUGGCAAAAAUGUCCUCCGUGGGGGGAGUGUGGAUCUUUUCUGGAACAACCCAAUGGGCCUUUAAUUUAGAACUUAGAAAAUAGUACCAAACAACUUUGCCCAAAUUGUAUUAGUUUGAAUUUAGAUGUAAUCAAAUUCCAAUUCUUUUCGUAUGUAGAUGCCAAUAUAAAGAAAUAUCUAAGUAAACUACAGCAAGAGCUCAACAAAUACAGAGAGAAACAGAAGGCAAUGUAUGCUGCAAUGUUUAAAAAAUAA